AUGCAUCACGCAUCAGACGGCGCAACGGACAUCCACAUCAGCAUCAUCGAUACGAAAUACUUGGCACCGGAAAAUGCUCUCAUGAGUACGAUGACUGCUGACAGGAUAUGUGACUACAUAUUUCCUUUCAGGGACGAGUUCUUCGCCUUCGGCACAAUUAGCGGACCAGCUCAUCAUGCCAUACCUUGCGCGGCUAUCAAGGACAGGCUUCCUACUUUCCUCCUGGAGAAUGAAGAGGACGACAUCAUCUACCCUGUCUGUGCAGGCUGGGAGGAAUGCAUCGAAGACGCUGGAGCGAUUGCAAAGCUACUUCCACCCCGGGUUCAAGCUGCGUUCGCGGCUCACUUGCUCGUUAUGCACGACGAAAAGCAUCCCGCUGGCUGCGAGCGCAGGAAUGAAGAGAUCGUGGCGUUUCUAUCCACCUUUGACGAUGGAAUCAUGACCUCUUUGGCCGUGGACGAUACAAUCAUGCAGCCUGGGUUUGCGGCUACACACGGCUACAAUGAGGCCGAUCGCGCUGCUGCCUUGCUGCGCGGUCUUGUAUACAACCAGCUCGGACAAGAGAGUGUCGAAGCACUGAGGCGGACAGCAAAGGCUCCUGAUGAAACCCCAUUCGAGCGAGAGCAGCGGUGGCAUCGAGAAGAGUGUAAGGACGAGGACUCGGGAUAG